GCACUUAAACUGAAAAGACAAAUUAGAAACGUGUGGGAUUUUAUUCUGAAAAGUAUGAACUAGGAAACAGUACCUGGUUUCGUGUUGUGAAUGAUCGGCAUGAGUUUUUUUUUCACCAUAACAACAACAGUGCGGCGGAGCAGAAGUUUCAUGACGCAUUUGUAGAUGCGAAAUAAACAUCACAAUCGGUCAGCAUGGCGGACCUGGAGCCGCAGGUUUGCGCCAUUUUGGAGAUAAUGGUGAACGCGGCGGUUUCAGAGAUGAACAAAGUUAUCGGCGCCUCGGAUCCUCCGCGUCCACAAGAGACAUCAUGUGUGGCCGAAGACACGCACGGGUCCCCGGAGGAUAAGGUGAUCCAGUUGAGCGUCUUCAUGUCGUCUCUGGCUCAAGAAGCUGUGGAGAAGAUCUGCCAGCUCUUCCAUGAAUGUUCCUCUGCGCUGCGGCUAGAAGUGACGCAGGGUAUGGCAGAGAUCGAGGAUCUGAAGAGCAGACUGGAGGUCGCGGAGACGGAGUUGAAGCUGGCGCUUGAAGGCAGCGGAGGUCAGAAGGACGUGGAGGAGCUGGCGGAGGGAGGCAGUGGGCAAAAGGAGGGGAGGGUGGACGUUGAGGUUGUUCAGCUUGAGCAACGCUCAGGGAGGAAGAGUCGCAGAGGUGUGGUUAGCGGGGACGCUGGAGUGAAGAGAUCGCCCAUAAUUCAUCUGUGGAAAGGCAGAACAUAUGAUGACAGCAUCCAGCCUGUUAUAAUAAAAGAAGAAGGGUUUGAGUGCUUAGCCGACCGGAUGUCUUCUGACUCUGGUCAGUACAGAGAUGAGUUCUGGCAGGAUGAGGACGACCCUGACUACCAGGCGGAACCAGACGAUCCAGAUGAUGUUGACCCAGGAUACGCCACCAGAUCCAAACGUGCUGUAAAGGGAAAGUCCCACCAAGCUCAAGCAAAGAAGGAGAGUCAGAAGGAGCAGCCUCUGAGCUGCAAACACUGCCGGAAAACCUUCACCAAGCUGCUGCAGCUCAAAGCCCACCAGGCCGUCCACGGGGCGAGCGCGGAAAAGCCCUUCCAGUGUUCUCAGUGUGGCCGAGGCUUUGCGUUCCAGCGAAGCCUCAGUGCUCACAUGUUACUGCACACAGGUGAGAGGCCACACACCUGUGAUGUUUGUGGGAAAGGUUUCACCCUGAAGCAGCUCCUGAGAAACCACCAGCGUCUCCACGCUGACGUGCGGCCAUAUCGCUGCGAGCAGUGUGGCAAGAGCUUUUACCGGGCGCACGGCCUGAAGAUGCACCAGAUGGUCCACACUGGGGAGCGUGCCUAUAACUGCCAGUACUGCAACAAACGUUUCACAAUACAAGGAAACCUGCAGCGCCACCUGCGCAUACACACGGGCGAAAAGCCGUUCAGGUGCGAGACUUGCGGCAAAAGCUUCAACCAGGCCGACACUCUGAAAGGCCACCAGCGGAUUCACACCGGCGAGCGCCCCUUCAGCUGCGACACUUGUGGCAAGCGCUUCAUCCAGAAGAGCGCGCUGAAGAUGCACCAGAAGACCUCUCACGUAGACGAGAAGUCGCUCGCCUGCGUCGCGUGCGGCACCACGGUGGCCUGUGUCGACUCGCUGCGCAAACACCUCCAGACGCACGCGGCGACUAUUCCGUGCACCUGCGUGCUCUGCGGCCAGCGGCUCAGCUCCAUCACCGAACUGCGCUCGCACCAGCAGCAUCACACGGUGGACCGGCCUCACAGCUGCGGGCUCUGCGGCAAGAGUUUCAAGUCAUCCAGUUACCUGAAGAUUCACCUGAAAACGCACAGCGGGGAGAAGCCGUUCUCCUGCGACAUCUGCGGUCGCAUGUUUACACAGCAAAGCAGCCUUAAGUCCCAUCAGGUGGUCCACACAGGAGAGAAACCUUUCAGCUGCGACACCUGCGGGAAAUGCUUUAGCAACACCGGCAACUUGAACCGACACCAGCGCAUCCACACGGGGGAGAAGCCGUUCAGCUGUGACACGUGUGGGCGGAGCUUCAACCAGGGCAACAGCCUGAAGGCGCACCAGCAGAUUCACACCGGGGAGAAGCAGUUCAUGUGCGACAAGUGCGGCAAGAGUUUCUCCUACCUGAGGAACCUGAAAGACCACAAGUGCUUCUAUGUCUGAAGCUAAUCUAUGAGGUGAUGUCAGCCCCUGUAAGCUAGAGUCAGGUUAGCUGGGACUGAGUUAACACUGAAAGCGAUUUUGGUGAUUGUAAAGCUGGCUUUCCCAGAUUUCUUCUGUCACUGCCAAGAAAGUGAUGCAGGUAGAUACGGUGUGGAAUUUAUAAUGGUGGAAAAACAAUGUGAAGAGUGUUACAGCAUCUGUCUGUGAGAAUAGCUGAUAAAUUGCAUUUCCAACGUUAAAACUGAACGGACAGAGAGAGUUUUAGCUCUUUAUGUGAGUGCAUUUAUAACUGAACUAAGAAAAGCCUGGGUCAAAAUGAUCUUCAGCUUCUUGCCUUUUGUCAACUUGAUGUAACUGAAAAGCCAAAAGCAGAUUUUUACCACCACAGUUGGUAUUAACGAGCCACAGAAACAGCUGAUCCUUAUUAAAGACGAGGCGUUUUGCAGCUCUUGGAUCGGUUUUGCCCUUUGGUAAUGAUUUCUUGUUAUCGCGACUCACUCGCAGAUGGACGGGCCAGAUGCUUCAGCUCAGUGUAACAUUUAAAGCUCUUUGCCAGUGAGACUGACGUUUGGCUUUUCUUACCUAGCGAACACAUUUUGUAUUGAAAUGUGAGUAUUUUCUGUGUGAAUUUGUACCAACUCACCGAUAGUGCUCGCGAUGAGGAUGGGCUGUGUUUACAUUGCAUCACGUGCAGCACCACCACAGCACCUUUUCACACGUGUGAAAGCAAGCAAGUUUCACUAUGCAUGAGCAACACAUGCUCGUGCUUUCAGAGGCAGCAUGAACGGUUUUACUUUCCACAGUUAUAGUUCUGUCAAAAUAGGAUCGCUAUUGCAUCUGCAGUCAUUGAUAUUUGGCGCUGUGGUUCUGUUUGGGGUCUUCCCGUCCUUCCGCACAUAUACAUGGAAAGCCUAAAGGCAGUCAGUUUGACUCUGUGGCCUGUUAGAAACAAUGCUGUGCUCGGUAUAGCGGUAAUCUGUGGGCAGCUGUUACAUUAUAUUCCUCAUCUGGGCUGUAUAAUGUGUAAAAAUGGGAUGUCUGAUCUCGUUGUGCAGCUGAUAUUUAUAACGGUGCAACUCAAAGAGUGCUUUUCUGUCUUUUUCUUCUUUUCUUUUUUUUUUUUUAACAUCAUCUCAAAUGAUGACCGUUACUACGUAAAUGCCUUGUAUGCAUACAAAGAACCGGUGUGCUGAGAACAUAACAUACUGAAAGUAUUAUUUUGUGAAAAUACUUUAUUUGUAACUUCUCUUGUGGAGAGGAUAUUUAUCUCAACCUUGUAACUGAGUUCAAUUCAUAAAA